CUAAUAGUAGCAAUUAUAGCGAUAUUUGACACUCUCUCCCACACAUGCACACAGGUAAUAUAGGAACAGGUUUCCGAGAUCACCCCUUUGUGCCACACCUACUGACCUUGCCUUUGACUUUAGCUCGUACCCAGACCCUCGUCCUAAUAUUGCAUCACGAGGGUAUUCCUGCUGUGCCACACUACGAGCAAAGCCCUUAUAAAAGAACGAUGCUGUUCUAACGCUGUUGGGUACAUACUCCUGGUCUUAUGACAGCAGCACGUACAGUAGUUGCCUUUUGUGUGAUGAGUACACACAAGUGUCGACAACUACAGGUGCUAUGGCUAAUGUACACACCUCAUGUAAGUCAUGGAUAAAAGGCUCUGCUAAGGUACAAUGGACAGCAGCUUCUAGGCUGGUUGAGUCUUAAGCAAUAUCAUGUUCGCAGUAAAAGUUGACAGCAAAUGAGAACAAUGAGUGGUGCACGUGGUCUUGUUCCAAGAUCUCAUCUCCCCCUUGAGGGGGAAAGGCUCCUCUCUGACUUUUAUUUGCUCUAGUUCGUCCGCAUACACCAUCACGUGCGCAGAGAGACUGUCCAACAAUCUGAUAAGCUUGCCAACUCAAGAAAAGAUACCACGCCCUCAUUCGCAUGGAAACACAUAAGUGUGUGGUGCCAAACAAGGAUCCCCUAAUUGCUGGGAACAAGCACUGAAUAAACACUAGCUACCUUUUGAGAAUGAGCUGUAUUGCAUCAACACUGGGCUGCAUUUGGAAUGUGGCUGCAUAUAAAGGCUAAAUUCCCAUCAUAGUAACAUUUAGCCCGUAUUAUUAUUUUAUGCUGCCACAUUCCUUUUAACUCCCAAAUUCUCAGAACUCUCAACAAGCUAAAGCUGCGAAAUAUCCUCCUCCCAUAACUCGCUACCUAACACACAUUGCGUUCUUGAGACUAUGGAUUCUGAAAGGAUCUGCAGCAGUUAUCCAUUUGCCUUGAAUCCAGGCUCUUUGGGAGGAGGAGAGCCUGGUACUCACCGUUUAUACUUUUUACUCUGCCCUGUCACGACGACUUCACAAAUAGGUGUAUUAUUGUUGGCCGCCAUGUAAGACGGAACUGAAAAGCUGCCUAUGAAUAACUGUAAAUGUGAAUCCCAUGAGAGCAACAACCUUUUCCUGUUAGUUGCCAUACAAACCGCCUUGCCUCAUAAUUAUAAAACACCCCUUGGCUGCACAGCCAACAUAUUAUGGGCAUGUGAAAUCACGGAGUACCAGGUGGCUGCCUACAUUGACAAAUGAACAUCACAUGAGUGAGCAACUCAGAGAUUCUCCAUGCUCCCGAGAAUACAACUGUCUUUCUAAACAAACCGGCAGUUUUUACAUGUGAGACAAGAGGUGGCGACACUUUGUGGCUAGUCAAUGGAACACAGCGAUCAACUUUUCUGCCUGACAUACGUAAUGACCUGGUUCUCUCAGAAGAGAUUACUACUCCUGAAGGGAGUUCAGUGCAGACUCUGACCAUCCCAGCCAGACCCCAGUACAAUGGAACUAGAGUUCAGUGUGCUUCCGUGAUAUUUCGUGGCCCCUCCGUGGAGAGUGACAAUGUUACAUUGAUCAUUCAAGGUGCAUGUAUUAUUUACAAGUUACGAAAUUGCUUACCAUGAUAUCCAGGUCCACUGUCAGCAGUAGCUGGUGUAAGUUCCAUUAGCAGUACCAGCUCAGUGACCAUCUCGUGGAGUGCUCCAUUCUCUCUGGGUGUGACUGGUGUUGAUCCUGAUAUCUGGUACUCUGUCCUCAUCUACAAUGUGACAGAUGAGAACAACCCAACAGCCAUCCUCUGUACUGACUGUAUCAAUAUCACUGAGACACACUACACCUUCACUCCUGACUACCUCAGUCCUUGCCAUGUGUUCAACUUCUCUGUCAUCCCUCUGAAUGGAGCUGGUCAGGGAGAGAGGAGUCCCAACAUUACUACUAGAAGGCUUGCUUUCAUCAGAACUCAUAUCAAAGCUGUUUAUGACGAUGUUGCAGUUACUUAUGCACACAACGAGAUGGUAGAUGAGUACAUUCUUCAUGGAGUGUCUGAUACGGACCUAAAAAAUAUUUCAUUGUCCUCCAACCAUCGAGUUUCAACAUACACACUCUCUGCAAACAAAAAGUUUAGCAUAUUCUUUGAAGUGUUCACAGCUGGUGGACCUGUGAAUGUAUCUCAUGAUACCUUCACAACCUAUGAUGUCCAGAGUCUGUCAGUGGAAGAGGAAGAAGGAGGAGUGUUAGUGAGAGGGGAGUUCACGAGUGGGUCACGAGCUACAGGAUGUCUGGUGGUCCUCCAGGGACCUCCCUCCUCUCCUGACGUCUUCAGAGCUCUCCUGAGGACCCAGUCUCAGGACACUGUCUCCACCACUGUACCUGUCCCUCCCUCCACUUACACUGUGUAUGGAUAUGACCUUGAGGAGAAUGGACUACCCAACACCAUGCCUGCUGUCCUUCUAGAGAACCAGAUAUUGCUAAACUCAGAUGCUGACAAAGUUAAACCUUCCCUCUAUUUGAAGAAUGCCAGCAUAUCCCAAAGAGGAUCAACUGUAGUGAUAGACUGUGAAUUCUCAGAGGUCUAUCCCGAGGCCUCAUGUGUCCUGGUCUACAGAGAGUAUGGCAGUCCUCUCCUGACAGUGGUGGACAUUCCCCAACUCUUUGAUUUCCCUGUCUCUAUCGCUGUGGACAACCCUGAGAACUAUACCUUUGCACUGUUUGGGAAGAAUGGUGCUAUGAGUUUGGAUGAAGAGCCACUGGUGUAUACUAAAUUCAGUGACUCUGCAGGUUUCCAGACCAGAAAUGCUGUGGUCUAUGAUGAGGUAGUUCUUUCCCCAACCACCACCCCAUCCUCUGUCAUUCCAACUGAACCCAACACAGCCUAUGUCACCACCACAAUACCCACUGACCAGAAUGUGGCCUAUGCUGUGCAUUCAUCGUCAUAAUGUGUGUUACUGGUUUUAGUGUCAUUGCAUAUUAAUAGAU